UUAGAGGGAGGGAGGACGAGUAACUAGAGGGAGGGAGGGUGAGAGGUGUGGAGCAUCACCGGCCUGGACUAUCCCCAGGGCUGACACUGGGCCGCCUCUUCGGUAUGCUGACGGAGGGCGGUGGUGGCGGGGAGUGCCUGGGCCAGGACGGGCGUGAGGGCGUGUGUGUGCUGCAGCAGCAGUGCAGGCGGGGCGGCCACACCCCUACCUCCUCCUGCACCUACGGCUACGCCUCCUGCUGCAUAGCCUACCAUUCUGGGUGUGGGUCAGAGGUGAGCAGCAACAACACCUACUGGGUGUCCCCGCAGCUAGGCACCUCCAGUGUCCUCACCACGGGAGGAACCUGCACUCUUCGCAUCAAAAAGAUCUCCCGUUCCAUCUGCUUCAUUAGACUAGAUCUUAUCAAGUUUAAGCUGAUGUCCCCAGUUGAUGGCAGCUGUACAAGAGAUCAACUGGUUGUAUCAGGGCAAAACAUCAAUGCCUUUACACCCAAGCUUUGCGGUGAAAAUUCUGGACAGCACAUGUACAUUGACGUAGACACUGUCCACGGCCCGCUGGAGCUCAGUAUUACAACUGUUGGGGCAGGACUGGAGAGGCAAUGGGAAAUCAAAGCAUCUCAGAUCGAGUGCAAUAGCCCAUAUAGUCCACCAGCUAAUUGUCUACAAUACUACACAGGCACUCAAGGCUCAUUCUCCUCUUUCAACUACGCCUCUAACAGAAAUCCUGAGUACUUAAACAAUUUAAACUAUGCCAUGUGCAUCAGAAAGGAAGCUGGGUUCUGUUCUGUCGUCUACAAAAAUAUGGCUUCAACAAAUAGUAUAAUCGAUAAGCAAUUUGAGAUUGUGAACUUUAAGGUUGAUUCUAAAGGUGUAGCCACCUCAUUAGUUCCCAAAGGUGAAGCUGGGAUUGGUCCUAUCCAGUGUCCUAAUGAUUACCUGAUCAUGGCUGGCAACAGACUGUGUGGAGAACGUCUCAAUGAUGGUUCCAACCCACAACCCACCAACAAUGGUCCCAUUACAGAUAGGACUAAUGGGCCCUUCAUUGUUCAGUUCACCAGUGAUGGCUGGUUCACAGGACACGGCUUCCAACUAUUCUAUCAGCAACAUCCUUGUUAGAUUAAAUAGAUAUACUUAACUAUACUGUAUAUAUGAUACAUUAUUAAUAAGUCUCCAUUGUAUUAUUAUUCUGGUAAGACAGUCAGGUUCAUUCUUGACUCACAGUCGGGAAUUCUGGGUUCGAAUCCCGGGCAGGACAGAAAUUGUUGGGCGAGUUUCUGAUCACCUAAUGCUCUAUUCAUCUAAAAGUAAACAGGUACCCAGGAGUCAAUCAGCUUGUUGAAGGUUGCUUCCUGGGAAGGGUCAGUUGUUCAACCUUGGGAAUGAGCUUGCUACAAGCCUAAUAUGUAUAUAUACAGUCUGACUGCCCCACAAUACAAUGAAUUUUUUAACUAGAAAAUUAGCUAUAGUCGUUUUAAUAAAUGUUGAUCCUUCUGUCAUUUAUAUCUCUAAAAUGCUAAGUAGGCACAAAAAAAACAUAUUUCUGUCUCUAUACAUAGAAUAAUUUAUAUAUCCCGGCAUGUAGAGUCUUCAAAGAAAGAAUUCAUUGUCCAGAUAAACAAGGUAAUUACAAUAAACAUGAUAUAUUUAUUAGAAAAUCAUUGCAGCCAAUUUGGGCUUGCUACCAGCCCGGUGUCUCCAGACUCCUAGUAGAUUUAGGCGAGUGCUAGGUUGUACCCAGGAUGCUGGUUUGAUCCCCAUCCUGCUCUAAUGAUUUUCUCAGUCAAUUUUUUUUUUUCUUAUUUCCAAGUAAAUUAUUUUGUAUACCAUAUAAAAAUACUGUAUAAGAGGCCUCUUUUAUAUACACAGAAUUUAUUAUAAGCAACUACUAUAGUUUAGUAAUUAACAAAAAAUGAUCUCACAAAUAUACAAUAAUCUAUUUUUGUUGAUAAGACUAGUGUAUAAUUAUAAAGAGGACUGUACAGAACUCCUGUUACAAUACUUUUAAUGGAUGUAGACUGCAAUCACAAAACUCUGAUCAUAAACACGGUCUUGUGAAACAAAGUACAGAAACUCCCAAAAGCUAUUGCUCCGUACUGUACUGUCAAAUCUACUUCUCCAUACUAUUGAAUUCUAACAGAAGCAAGAGAAACUGUAAAAGGCUGGCAUGCAUCGAAAGUGAACCUCAAUAAGGACUAAACCUAUAAAAGCCAGAAUUGAUGCUGGAAUGAAGUGAAUCAACGACCCAAUAAGGCAAUAAACUAUUAGGGUGCAAUUCAAAUGAAGAUAGAGUGCAGAACUCCACAAAUUACAGAUAUGCCGAAACAAUUUGAGUCUGCGGCAUGAUGCCGCAGACUCAAAUUGUAGUGUGUCCGUGCCACAGGUGAAGAAUCUGGCCAAACCUAGCCAGAGUGAUGAGAGCUAGAGGCAGAUACCCAGCUAAGGUCAUGUGGCAAAAGAAGAUCUGACCUUUAUCUGGUCUAAUUAGAGGUUCCAUUUCCCCAGAGCUGUGACAGGCUCUUAAAGAGUGUGUGGAUGGAUGGAGGGGAUCUGAUUAGGACCCUGAGUGACCUGGGUUGCCAUCUGGUGGUGGUGAAGUGCAUAUUGUUUAGGAGGUUUACACCGCAGCAACAAUUGUUUGUUUGAUUACCAAAGAGUACCUACUAGUAAUUUUCUUCAGAAAAUGGCUUGUUUUGAUGCACUUAUGCUUUCUGUGGAUAUUCAUAAUAGAUUUUUGGCUAAUCCCUAAUCCCACAUUCCUUUUGCCUCAUACAGAGCCAGAUUCUGGUUCUGGUUUCUGGUAACCAAGGUUUGGUCUUACAGGCCUUGUGCACUUCCCCGAGGCUUGGCUGGACCAGUGUUUAUCUCAGAAUUACUGAGGAAGCCCUCCAAUAAAUGCACACAAACAAUAUGAAACAUCACAGAAGAGUAGUGACACACCCUGCCGCCAUUUACGAUAUUCUCAGAUGGUUACUGAUUAGCUCAGUUGUUGCUGAUAAGUGAGUGCACUAUGAAACCCUAAACUGUGUCAGUUUUAG